AUGAGAUCGACUAUAAUAUGUUCCUUCCGUUCCUUUUCCACCUCGGCAAGUCUAAAUAGAGGCCAGAACUUGACAGAAAAGAUAGUACAGAGAUAUGCGGUUGGGCUUCCCCAGGGCAAGAAGGUCUUCAGUGGUGACUAUGUUUCCAUCAAGCCUGCCCAUUGCAUGUCCCAUGACAACUCGUGGCCUGUAGCCACUAAGUUUAUGGGUCUCGGUGCAAAGCAGGUUAAGGAUAACCGUCAGAUUGUUUGCACGUUGGAUCACGAUGUUCAAAAUAAGUCAGACAAGAACUUGGAAAAGUACACUAAUAUCGAGCGCUUUGCCAAGGAGCAAGGCAUCGACUUCUACCCUGCUGGUCGUGGUAUCGGUCACCAGAUCAUGAUCGAGGAAGGUUACGCUUUUCCUUUGAACUUGUGUGUGGCCUCGGAUUCUCAUUCUAAUACUUAUGGUGGUGUGGGAUCUUUGGGUACACCUAUCGUGAGAACAGACGCUGCUUCUAUCUGGGCCACUGGUAUGACGUGGUGGCAAGUGCCUCCAGUUGCUAAGGUCGAGCUUGUUGGUGAUUUGCCUAAGGGUGUCACUGGUAAGGACGUUAUUGUCGCUCUUUGUGGAUUAUUCAACAACGAUGAAGUUUUGAACCAUGCUAUCGAGUUCGUCGGUGACGGGUGCGCUAAGUUGCCAGUCGACUACAGAUUAACUAUUGCAAACAUGACCACCGAGUGGGGUGCUCUUUCAGGUUUAUUCCCUGUGGAUGAUGUUUUGGUUAACUUUUACAAGGACAGAAUUAAUAAGUUGCCUCAACCUCAUCCUCGUGUCAACGAUCAAACCAUCACUGACUUGGAGCAAAACAAGGUUGCCUCAGAUUCUGAUGCCGUUUACGCUAAGCACUUGGUUGUGGACUUGGCUUCCCUCUCGCCAUACAUCUCCGGUCCAAACAGUGUCAAGGUUUCCAACUCUCUUCAUGACUUGGCCAAACAGAACAUUCCUAUCAACAAGGCUUACUUGGUUUCUUGUACCAACUCUCGUUUGAGUGAUAUCAAGGCUGCUGCUGAUGUCAUCAGAGGUAAGAAGGUUGCCGAUGGAGUCGAGUUCUACGUUGCCGCUGCUUCUUCUAAUGUCCAGAAGGAUGCUGAAGCUAGUGGUGCUUGGAGUGAUAUUAUCGAGGCUGGCGCCAAGCCUCUUCCAGCUGGUUGUGGCCCAUGUAUUGGUCUUGGUACUGGUUUGUUGAAGGAUGGUGAGGUCGGUAUUUCUGCUACGAACAGAAAUUUCAAGGGCCGUAUGGGAUCUAAGGAUGCUUUGGCUUACUUGGCUUCUCCUGAAGUUGUUGCUGCAUCUGCUGUGCUCGGCAGAAUCGGUGGUCCAGAAGAAUUGGACGGCAAGCCUGUUGAGUCUGCAAACAAGGUUCUCAAGUCAUUAACUAUCACUGAAGGCGAGGGUGCCGCUGCUGACGCAGGUGCCGCUGUUGAGGUCUUGGAGGGAUUCCCUAAGGCCAUCGAGGGUGAAUUAAUCUUGUGUGACGCCGACAAUAUCAACACUGACGGUAUCUACCCAGGUAAGUACACCUACCAGGAUGACAUUAGCAAGGAAAAGAUGGCUGAAGUGUGCAUGGAAAACUACGAUCCUGACUUCAAGAACAAGACCACAUCUAGCGACAUUAUCAUUUCCGGUUUCAACUUUGGUACUGGUUCCUCAAGAGAACAAGCAGCCACCGCCAUCUUGGCCAGAGGAAUGAAGAUGGUUGUUGCCGGUUCUUUCGGUAACAUUUUUUCCAGAAACUCCAUCAACAACGCUUUGUUGACUCUUGAAAUCCCAGCUUUAAUUAAGAAGUUGAGAGAGAGAUACGAAGGUGCCACUGAAUUGACCAUUCGUACUGGCUGGUUCUUGAAGUGGGACGUCACCAAGGCCUUCGUUACUGUGACCGACGCCAACGGCAAUGUCGUUCUCGAACAAAAGGUCGGUGAACUUGGUACCAACUUACAGGACAUUAUUGUCAAGGGUGGUCUCGAAGGCUGGGUCAGAGCCGAACUUAAUUCUUAG